GUCAGUGCUCUAGCGGCGGGGGGGAGAAAUGGCCGACACCAUAGCAGAUACACGGAGGCUAUACACCAAGCCUCAGACCUUAAACGACGCGUACGGGCCCCCAAGUAAUUUUCUAGAGAUUGACGUGAGCAACCCCGAGACGGUGGGGGUCGGCAGGGGCAGGUUUACCACGUACGAGAUCAGGCUGAAGACAAACCUACCCAUCUUCAAGCUGAAGGAGUCUCGAGUGCGGAGGCGGUACAGUGACUUUGAGUGGCUGAGAGCAGAGCUGGAGAGAGAGAGCAAGGUGGUCGUCCCCCCCCUCCCAGGAAAAGCUUUGAUCCGGCAGCUACCGUUCCGAGGAGAUGAUGGGAUAUUUGAUGACUCAUUCAUCGAGGAGCGGAGACAGGGUCUGGAACAGUUUCUUAACAAAGUGGCUGGUCAUCCUCUAGCCCAGAAUGAACGCUGCCUGCAUAUGUUUCUACAGGAGGAAUCUGUGGACAAGAGCUACACCCCGUCCAAAGUCAGACAAGCCUAAGUCGUGGGCACUCUUCUUGGCCUGGUCUGGCAUGGCUCCACUCAGCGUCACAACCCAAAGCUCCUUUACCUGUUGAAGGUUCCUUUUAAGCCCCACACAUGUUUCAUUGGGCUUCACUUCUUUCUUUCUUUUUUUUCUCUCAUCAAUCACCCACUGCCCCUUGUUCUUGUUAAAUAGUGAUCCUGACUCGUGUUUGUCUUCAUCUUGUAAUUGAAGCACAGUACAGAUGUUUGACGAGUUGUCAUUUAUUUUGUCAGGAAAUGCCACUAACAUGGUCCUGUUAUGUAUUUAUCUAUGAGGUAUGUUUGAUAUAUUCGUUUAUAGUUGCAUCACAAGAAUGUUCCAUGUAUGCAAAAAUAUUGUAAAACCCACAGUUUUCCACAGUAUAUCAAAUGGCAUGUUGCUCACUAUAACUUCUACUUGGGCCCUGCCUCUUUAAUCGUGCAUUAUAGUUGGUCCUCUCUUCUUACUGAAGCAUGUUUGCAUACCAGCCAGCACCUCCCUUGUUGUCAUGUAAUGAUUUUCUAGCAAAUGAGAAGAAAUCUACACAGAGGGAACUGCAGUAUUUGUACUGGCUAUAGGCCUAUGCAUUUUGAGAUUUGUAUACUCCUGUGCCAUUUUUGUUUAUUUUCCAAUAAAACAUGACAAAUGCACUUGUGCACCAGUA